AUGUCUAAACUUAAGAUAGAAGACCUUACACUCAUAUUCGGUAAAGAAAAAGAGGAGGCACUCGCACUAUUAAAACAAGGAAAAACAAAAGCAGAGAUCCUGAAAAAAACAGGAUGUACAGUUGCGGUAAAGAAUGCUAGUUUUAAUAUCGAAAAAGGCGAAUUCUUUGUAAUUAUGGGAUUAUCAGGUAGUGGUAAGUCUAGUUUGCUCAGAUGUCUGAACAGGUUAAUUGAGCCUACUUCGGGCAGCGUUAUUCUGAAUGAUGUAAAUAUCACCAGUCUUGGCGACAAAGAAUUACAGAACGUGCGUAAAAAGGAAAUGGCCAUGGUUUUCCAGAAUUUUGGGUUGUUACCUCACCGUACAGUACUGGAAAAUGUAGCCUUUGGCCUGGAAUUACAGGAUAUCCCAAAAGAACAACGUGAAGCAAAAGCUCAGGAAGUUAUUGAAAUGGUGAGUCUGAAAGGGUAUGAAAAUCAGAAUACUUCAGAACUUUCAGGCGGUAUGCAGCAACGUGUGGGUUUGGCCCGCGCUUUAGCAAAUGAUCCUGAGAUCUUGUUAAUGGAUGAGGCAUUUUCUGCACUGGAUCCGCUGAUCCGUACACAAAUGCAGGAUGAGCUGAUUGACUUGCAGGAAAAAAUGCAUAAAACAAUUGUAUUUAUUACGCAUGAUCUUGACGAAGCGAUCCGUCUUGGAGACCGUAUUGCCAUUAUGAAAGAUGGUGAAGUGAUCCAGAUUGGUACUCCGGAAGAUAUUUUAACUAACCCGGCAGAUGAAUAUGUGUCCUCUUUUGUGGAAAAAGUGGACCGUAAAUCAAUUAUCACUGCGGCCAGCCUGUUAUUUGAAAAACCUACAGUAGCGAUUUUCAAAAAAGAUGGGGUAGAAGGUAGUUUAAGAAAGAUGCGUUCUUCAGGAUUGACAUCGUUGCCAGCUGUUUCUGUAGAUAAGCAUUUCCUGGGUUUUGUUUAUCUGAAAGAUAUUCUGGAGCUCAAAGCCAAAGGACACCAAACCAUAGAAAUGGCUAUUGUCAAAGACGUACCUGUUGCUUAUCCGGAAACUACAGUGGAACAAAUGCUUCCAUUUAUUGCAGAAAACGGAAGAGCAGUGCCGAUUGUGGACAGAGAAACUAAUAAACUGCUUGGAAUCGUUGCACAAACUUCUCUGCUGAUAGAGACUACAGGAACUUCCUGGGAAAAUGUGACCGGAAACUCAAUUGAUAAUUUACAAAACGAAGUAAUAUAA